AGGAAGGAAAGGAAUCAUUAGAUUCACUGCGAAUUUGCAGCAGGAGUGGUUGGGAAAGUGUACAAAAGAAUCAAGGCCAAGUUGCUAAAAGAUAAGUGUGGAUUAUUAGUCUUUUGAUAAGUAAAGAUGUGGAUUACUAUAUAAGGGUUAAUCAGGCAAAUAUAAUACCUACAUCCUCCAUACAUCAGUGACAGGCUGUGUUGUUAGAAAUCCUACACAAGUCCCAAAGAUCUGCUUCCCCUUUAUUAUAUUGUUUCUUCGUUUAGCCUUAGCCUUUUCUCCUUGGCACUUAAAUACUGUUUUGACGACAGCAUUUUGCUGAAUGUCUGCCCCACAACCCCAAUCGUCUUCAAUCUUCAUUGAGGCCCAUUGCUUUCUACCUCAACUUGACGUGAAUCAGAUCAGUUUCAGCUUCAGCAGUCUGUCCAACUCCCAGCUGUGCAUGAAGGGCCAACUGGGCUGACCGGCUUUUAAUGUCUCUACAAAACUCUUAACUGUCACAGCUUCCAAGCAAGAAAACUGCGUCCACACUCCACUGUGAAGUGUAAACCACCCCACCUUCGCUAAAGAUCAGACCCCUUCUCUCAGUGACGAAACAGAGAGCUCCUCAUGAUGGUCCGUUGUUUGCUUCUGCUACCACUUGUUCUAACAUGGAGCUUGCUGUCCCAGUCCACCCACCAGUUGCAGCCAUCACAGAGACAGGUGCUUCUUCAGCUGAGGAAGCAUUUGGAGUACCCAACUCAGCUCGAAGCUUGGAACACUCCUGGAGCUGAUCUCUGCUACUCGACGCCAUCGAGGAUGGUCAACAUCUCAUGCCAGGACAAUUUCGUCACUGAGCUCACAAUCAUGGGGGAUAAGCCAUCAUCCAACUCCAACCAGACCUUGUCUUCUACCUUCUCCAUGGACUCCUUUGUCGCCACUCUCGCCAGGCUAACCAGCUUGAGGGUCCUUAGCCUCGUCUCCUUGGGCAUUUGGGGUCCUCUCCCGGACAAAAUCCACAGGCUGUCUUCACUCCAACACCUCGAUUUAAGCUCCAACCAUCUCUUCGGCAUUCUUCCACCCAAGAUCUCGACUAUGGUAAAGCUUCAAACUUUAAUUCUCGACGACAAUUUCUUCAACCAUACGGCACUAUCCACCUCCUUAUUUGAUCCCCCGCUCUCCAAUCUCACGGUUUUGAGCUUGAGGAACAAUAAAUUCAGGGGUCUGUUGUUAGGGAACAGCCUUGAAGCUUUAACCAAGCUUCAAGUGCUGGAUUUGAGUGUUAACAGCUUCGAUUCUGAUCUGCCGUUGCUGCCCAAGGGAAUACUUAUGGCCAUUUUGAGCAACAACUCGUUUCAAGGCAAGAUUCCCCGGCAGUACAGCCAGCUGACUCAGCUUCAGCACCUUGAUGUGUCCUUCAACGAGAUAGUUGGAGAGGUUCCUGCUUCUGUUGUUUCACUGUCGAACAUCCGGUUCCUGAACUUGGGAUCAAACAUGCUGAGUGGUCCCAUCCCAAACAGUCUUAGAUGUGGACAAAACCUUCAAUUUGUGGACAUCUCGAAUAACAGGUUAACUGGUGGAUUGCCUUCUUCUUCUUGCUUGGUAACUACUGGUUCGGAGAAGAGUAGAUUGGUGAAGCUUGGUGGGAAUUGCUUGUCCAGUUCCUUGGAUCGCCAACAAUAUCCACAAUCGUAUUGCAUGGAGCUUCCAGUUGCUGUGGCCAGGGAGCAAUCUCAAGGGAGAAGAAGUAGAAGCGUGGGAGUAAUAGUUGGGGUGGUGGCUGCAGUUGUUGCUAUGGUUGCACUUCUGGGUUUGGGUUUUGUCGUUGUUGGGAGGAAGUACUGUUUCAGAGAGGUUUCUGAGCGGCAUCUGUUGCACAAGGUAGGAGUGCAAGAUAACCCGCCUGUUGCUUCUGGGUUCUCCCCUGAGCUACUCUCCACUGCAAGGUUCAUUACUGAAGUUUCCAAAGUGGGUGGUAGUCAAGGUCUUCCAGCUUGCAGGUCAUUUGGUACACAAGAGUUGAAGAAAGCUACCAACAACUUUGACAGCUCUACCUUUCUGGGUCAAGGUUAUUAUGGAAAGCUAUACAAAGGAAGGUUGGAAGAUGGAACCCAAGUGGUAAUAAGGUGCUUGCCUACAUCAAAGAAGUACACAACUCGAAACCUUAAGCUGAGGCUGGAUUUACUGGCGAAACUUCGUCAUCCACAUCUGGUCUGCCUUCUGGGGCACUGCAUUGACAAUGGAGGAAGCCAAGAUGAUUAUAGAGUUGACCAAGUCUUCCUUGUAUAUGAACAUAUUUCCAACGGGAAUCUGCAGACUCAUCUCUUUGAAGAAAGCCCAGGAAAGGCACUGAAUUGGUCUGAGAGAUUAGCAGCGGUCAUUGGUGUGGCUAAGGCUGUCCACUUUCUGCAUACUGGUGUUAUUCCUGGAUUUUUCAACAACCGGUUGAAGACGCAUAAUAUCCUUGUCAAUGAGCAUGGAAUGGCCAAGUUGGGUGAUUAUGGACUGUCAAUUGUAACAGAUGAGCCCAGGAGUUCCAUGGAUAAUGAAGGACUUGGUUCCUGGCAGACGUCGAAAGAUGAAGACGACAUCCAUGGCUUCGGGUUCAUACUCCUUCAAUCACUUACUAGCAAUUCGGUAUCUGCGGAGAGGGACGAGUUCCUGGCACAAAAAUUGGCAUCUUGUACCAGCCAAGAAAGCAGAGCAAAGUUGAUAAACCCAACGGUACUUGCAACUGCCUCACAAGAAUCAUUGGCAACUGUGAUAUCCAUAACAGACAAAUGCAUCAGUCCUGAAUCGGCAUCAUGCCGGCCCUCCUUUGAGGACAUACUAUGGAACUUGCAGUAUGCAGCUCAGGUUCAAGCUACUUCAGAUGAACAGAGACCUGCUGAUCUUGUAUCAUAAUUGCUGCUUCUUUAAAUAAACUCUUUUCUAUUGAUAUUCUCGUGGCAGGAAUAGCACCAACACUACCUCUUGUAUUUGUUCAGUUUUUAUCCCUCUGUUAUCAUUUGGUAUUAGUCAUAAUAAUUAUUAUAAAUAAUAAAGAUAAGCGAAGCCA